AUGAAACAAUUCACGAACAACCGUUCUUCAGAAGACAUCGUCACUAUUGUGGAUAAAAUAGAAAAGGAAUCUUUGCGUGAAAAUCAGCCCCACGGUACAUAUUUCGACCUGUUCCAGGCUUCCAAAGUCAGAAUGUAUACUAUCAUCACAGCAUUUAUUUGGACGUUCUGCACUCAUACAUUUUACGGCGUAAACCAGUAUAUCGGCCAGCUGCAAGGGAAUCUAUAUUUGAAUGUAUUGAUCUCAGCAUUAAGUUUUGUACCUGCAUUGAUUCUAGUUGUAAUAGCUACAUUAUAUCUGAAAAGAAGAGCCAGCGUAGUGGGCAGCUUUAGUAUCGCGGGCAUAUCUUUGCUCGUGUUCAUAUUUACACCUGAAACUAUGAAAUGGUUAACAUUGAUUUUUGCUAUCAUAGGUCAAACAGCGGCGUAUGCUGCUUUUGUACAAAUUUAUCUUUUUACAUCAGAAUUAUUCCCAACCAUUGUUAGAAAUUCAGCUAUGGGUUUCUCUUCAGUAUUCGGUAGGUUUGGGGGAUUUAUAGCGCCUUUUGUAGUAAAUAUAGGUGUCGAAUGGGGCUCUAUAAUAAUAUUUAGUUUAGUGGCUUUCGCUGCAGCACUUCUGUGUUAUUUUCUUCCAGAAACAAAAGACAGAGUGCUUCUGGAUUCUAUUGAACAAACUGAGAAAAUACCUAACAAAGAUUAACUUAAGUAUUAAUAAGCAUCAAAGUAAUUAGACACUUGUGGUAAUAGAAUCAACUUUAUUAAGUACACUAUUUUUCUUGGCAUUAUGGAGAAUUCACAGAAGGUGACAUGUAAUCUGUAUUAUACUAAACAAUUUAUUUACUUACUUAUAU